AUCAACCUGGAAGCCUGACUCUAGGCGGGGUGAAGAGGACAGCAACUGGCCCAGUGUGUUAUCUAGGACAAACUCAGUUUCUCCCGUGCCCAGUGAUGGGUCUCGACAUGUUCGAGGUCCUCUCUGGUUCUGGAUGGGAGUGUGCCUGUCCGGGACCCCAGGCCCGCUCCCGGGGUACCGACGCCCUCGCCGAGCUGGGAGGUGCCGGCCCGGUCUGGGAGGAGCUGCGGGGCCCGCCCCGCGCGCCGGGUCCAGGAGCUGCCGCCCGAGCCCCGGCUGCUGUAGACAACACCGCCGCCUGGAGGGGCCGCCCGCGCCCUCCUCUGAGCCUGGCCCGCGCCGAUGGCCUUUCUGACCGCCUGGAGGGGGCCGGCCUACGGGAAAAGAGACCGCAGGACUCCUGUGAGCAACCUCCAUGAGGCCCUGGACCAGUGCAUGACGGCCCUGGACCUGUUCCUCACCAACCAGUUCUCAGAAGCACUCAGCUACCUCAAGCCCAGAACCAAGGAGAGCAUGUACCACUCACUGACAUAUGCCACCAUUCUGGAGAUGCAGGCCAUGAUGACCUUCGACCCCCAGGACAUCCUGCUUGCUGGCAACAUGAUGAAGGAAGCGCAGUUGCUGUGUCAGAGGCACAGGAGGAAGUCUUCUGUGACAGACUCCUUCAGCAGCCUGGUGCACCGCCCCACCAUGGACCAAUUCACAGAAGAGGAAAUCCACGCUGAGGUCUGCUAUGCAGAGUGCCUGCUGCAGAGAGCGGCCCUGACGUUCCUGCAGGAUGAGAACAUGGUGAGCUUCAUCAAGGGCGGCAUCAAAGUUCGAAACAGCUACCAGACCUACAAGGAGCUGGACAGCCUUGUCCAGUCCUCACAGUACUGCAAGGGAGCGAGCCAUAGGCACUUUGAAGGAGGAGUGAAACUUGGUGUAGGAGCCUUCAACCUGACGCUGUCCAUGCUUCCCACUAGGAUCCUGCGGCUACUGGAGUUUGUGGGGUUUUCAGGAAAUAAGGACUAUGGGCUACUGCAGCUGGAGGAGGGCGCAUCGGGGCACAGCUUCCGUGCUGUGCUCUGUGUCAUGCUGCUGCUGUGCUACCACACCUUCCUCACCUUCGUGCUCGGUACUGGGAAUGUCAACAUUGAGGAAGCAGAGAAGCUGUUGAAGCCCUACCUGAAUCGAUACCCCAAGGGCGCCAUCUUCCUGUUCUUUGCUGGGCGGAUUGAAGCCAUCAAAGGCAAUAUUGACGCAGCCAUCCGGCGGUUUGAGGAGUGCUGUGAAGCCCAGCAGCACUGGAAGCAGUUUCACCACAUGUGCUACUGGGAACUGAUGUGGUGCUUCACCUACAAGGGCCAGUGGAAAAUGGCCUAUUUCUAUGCCGACCUGCUCAGCAAGGAGAACUCCUGGUCCAAGGCCACCUACAUCUACAUGAAGGCUGCCUACCUCAGCAUGUUUGGGAAGGAGGACUACAAGCCGUUUGGGGAUGAUGAAGUGGAGCUAUUUAGAGCUGUACCAGGCCUCAAGCUCAAGAUUGCUGGGAAAUCUCUACCCACGGAGAAGUUUGCCAUCCGGAAGUCCAGGCGCUACCUCUCCCCCAACCCUAUCUCAUUGCCAAUCCCUGCUUUGGAAAUGAUGUACAUCUGGAAUGGCUAUGCUGUGAUUGGGAAGCAGCCAGAACUCACGGAUGGGAUGCUUGAGAUUAUCACCAAGGCUGAAGAAAUGCUGGCAAAGGGCCCAGAGAAUGAGUACUCAGCAGAUGAUCAGUGUUUGGUGAAACUGUUGAAAGGCCUGUGUCUGAAAUACCUGGGCCGUGUCCAGGAGGCCGAGGAGAAUUUCAGGAGCAUCUCUGCCAAUGAAAAGAAGAUUAAAUAUGACCACUACUUGAUCCCAAAUGCCCUAUUGGAGCUGGCCCUGCUGUUUAUGGAGCAAGGCAGAAAUGAAGAGGCCGUCAAACUCCUGGAGUCAGCCAAGCAAAACUACAAGAAUUAUUCCAUGGAGUCAAGGACGCAUUUUCGAAUCCAGGCAGCCACACUCCAAGCCAAGUCUUCCCUAGAGAAUGGCAGCAGAUCCAUAGUCUCAUCAGUGUCCUUGUAGCUUUGUGUAGUACUCCUGGGCUGCAAGAUGAACAGAGACAGCUGGACAGAGCUGCUGGAAACAUUUCAAAAGAUCCCCUCCCCUGCCCUGCCCUGCCCUGCCUUUGGGGUCCACCGGUGCUCCAGUGGAGUGGCACAGCAAGACUAUCCAUGCAGAAGCAAAGCCGGCAUUUUCACCAGUGUGGCCAUAGGCCUCUGCCAAGGGCAGAGCAGGUGGAGCCCUCUGCCUGCCCUAUCACAUAUACGGGUACUUGUUUUUCACUGUGAUGUUUAAAGAGAAUGUAUGAACAGUUUACAUUUUCCUUAGAAAAACAUUGAUGGGAUUGUGGUUGGCUUUAAAAAACAAAAUCAAAAAACAAACCACCUGUAAAUCUUUGUUUUCACCCACACUGAUGUGGAGGUAAAUCUCUUUAAAAGAUGCCAAAGGCCAAACUGCUUUUUAAGCCUCAGCAAGGACCUUCCUUUCAGAGGACCUAAAAGAAUAUCCAGAAUAUCUGAAUUUGAGGUUCCUGGAGGUGUGGCACAAACAUCACACAGACACCUACUACCAUCUCCUACUUCAUUUCACUUCCUUAGUGACUGUCCAACUUAAAAAUCAAGCAGGUGUUUUGGGGGAGAUGAAAUUUGAGCUCAUCUGUAGAAAAAUCAUUCCCAGUAGGGAAUGGGGAUGCCAAGGCCCAACAGAGGCGCUAUGUGACCCUUCGUGUGCCAAAACCAGGAAGUUUAUGGGAAGUGAGGGAGAUGGUUUACAGAACUAGCCUGCAUCCUUGCUAUAUGCCAAACUGAAACCACUGGGAAUAAUUUAUGAAACAAAAAUCUUCUGUAGUUCACUGCAAGGUACAUUUAUUCACAGCAUUUUUCUUAGAUUAUUCUUGGCCUGCUGUAUUAUGUUCUAGAUUUUUCAGUGAGAAGAGAGAUUUAAGUAAUAAAAUUUAUACAUUUAAAGAGGUCAUGCAACAUCUAUUUCAAUAAAAUAUGUGUUGCUUAGAUUUUGGAGCAGGGCAGAAAGUUUUGAUUAGAAGCAACAUGGCUCAUGUCUUUUAUUUAGUCCACAUUUUUAAGAUAAGUUACCAACAUUUAAAAAGGAGAUUUCACAAAUGAAUCUGGAUUCUGGCCUCAACAUUUGAGCCUCAAUUUCCAAAAGACACAACAAUCAGCUGAAGUUAAGUAGAGACUACUUUAAACACCAUUUCUACCUUUCUGGUACUUGAAUUUGUAAGCUCUGGGAUCUUUAAAGAGAAUGCAAGUUCAGUUGCCAACAAUUUUACCACUCACAUUCUAAUGCCAAUACAUUUCAACAUAACUAUUUUUCUGAAAGGGAAAUUAUGUAAAUAGUUCAUUUGUAAAAAUGUGACUCUCCAGAUGCAUGAAUGCAAUUUCUAUAAGAACACAGUCAUCUUUACCAACCUUCUAGAACUGCUGUGUUUAACAAAUACCUGAGCAUCUAUCUGCCUAGGGUUGGGUUAAUACUAAUAUACAAUCAAACAGUCUGCUACGACCAAUGCUGAAAGGAAUCAUUGCUUUUAGGUAAAGCAUAUUCUUACCAGGAAAAAAAUAAAACAAACCCUUCAUCCAAGAU